UUGUAAAAUCAAAACUUCCGGUUUCAAUUUUCACAUGGGUUGCAUUGAUUUUUAAGUCCUGUAAACAUUUAUUGGCCAUUGAAAAUGGCAACUUGGUCAAUGAACCAGUAUUUUCAAACAUUAGAUGAUGCCUUACAAGAAAGAGAUGGGUUGAAAACAGCAGAAUUACUGUCAUUCCAACAUCCACACAUUCAAAAUCCUCGACUACAGGUAGAGCAUCCAGAAUCUCAGGUCCAGAGAGUUUUUGAUAGUCCAUUUGAUGAAAUGAUUGCUGCUCAUUUAAGGUGUUGCUGGGCUGUAUCAAAUCAUGAUUUUAUUGAAGCCUAUGGCUGCCAAUCUGUUGUUGCACAAGCAUUCAACAAGAUAUUUCAGAGUCAAAAGGAUGAAAACUGGUCAUUGCCUAUAAUGUUUAAUAUAUUUAUAGAUCUGAGAUUGUUUGCCAACAGUGGAGAUAUACAAGCUGUACACAAAGGAAAGGGUAAAAUGGGAGACAGAUUAGAGAAAGCUGCAGAUCUUAUCAUGGGCUGUUUUAGAGUCUGUGCCAGUGAUAAUCGAGCAUCUGUAGAAGAUUCCAAGAAAUGGGGAAUGUUGAAUCUUGUUAACCAGCUGUUUAAAAUAUACUUUAAGAUAAACAAAUUACACUUGUGUAAGCCACUGGUGAGAGCUAUAGAUAGUUUACCGAUGAAAAACAGAUUCUCCCUGUCUCAACAAGUAACAUUUAAAUAUUAUGUUGGAAGAAAGGCAAUGUUUGACAGCGACUACAAAGCAGCUGAAGAAUAUCUAACUUUUGCCUUUGAAAGAUGUCAUAAAAGAAGCAUGAAGAAUAAAAGAAUGAGUUUAAUUUACUUAUUACCUGUUAAGAUGUUGUUGGGUAAAAUGCCAAAACCCCAAGUGUUACAGAAAUAUGAUUUAAUGCAGUUUGCUGACGUUGCUAGAAGUGUCAGUACUGGUAACCUGUUGAAGUUAAAUGAAGCUCUUCAAAGAAAUGAAACCUUUUUCAUUAAGUGUGGUAUAUAUCUUAUCUUGGAGAAGCUAAAGAUAAUUACCUACAGAAAUUUAUUUAAAAAAGUAUAUUUAAUAUUAAAGACACAUCUGUUACCAAUAGAGUCCUUUACAGCAGCUUUGAGAAUGAUGCAGGUAGAUGAUAUAGACAAUGAUGAAACAGCAUGCAUUAUUGCAAACUUGAUAUAUGAGAAUAAGAUCAAAGGUUACAUAUCUCACCAGCACCAGAAAGUAGUGGUCAGUAAACAGAAUGCAUUUCCUGUACUUUCAUCAUGAAUAAUAAUUAUUACACCAAAGUAGAGAUACUCUAAAUACAUGUGUCACAUACGUCUUGUCACAAAUAUGUAUGUGUCACGCAUGUCAUAUCACAGAUGUGACAACAAACUUGGGCAGCUGAGAUGUUACAUUU